AGGAUAUCAACAUUUUUAGUUCUUGCAGAAUUACUCAAAAAAUGGGAAACAAAGGCUAUUUCUUCUACUGUUUAUGUAUCUUUACUUAUAUGACCACUUUUCAUCCUGUUGACAUGAUUGAGGAGAUUGAUGUUGUACUCAAAAGACAACAUGGGAGGCACAAACAUGGUGAAAUUAAGCUGUUUGUAUUUGGAGACUCAUAUGUAGAUACUGGGAAUUGGCCAAAAUCUAUGUCUAGUUCUUGGAAACAACCUUAUGGCUUCACUUAUCCUGGUUACCCUUCUGGAAGAUUCUCCGACGGCCUCGUACUCACCGAUUUUAUUGCUUCAUUCCUUGGUAUAAAAUCUCCAAAACCUUAUGCUAAUAGAAAGAAAAUAUCAUCACAUGAAAUGGAUAAUUAUGGGGUAAAUUUUGCAUAUGGAGGCACAGGUGUAUUCAAUACUUUUGUUAACCAACCAAAUAUGACAACACAAAUUAAUUAUUUUCAACAACUUAUUGAAGAAGAGGAACAAGUGUACAACAAAGAGAAGAUGAGUUCUUCAAUUGCUAUUCUGUCUGUGGCAGGCAAUGAUUAUGCUACUUUCAUCACCAAAAAUAAUAUGGAGGACUUGGGCAAUGUUACUAAAUCAAUAUUAAGUCAACUUGAAUUAAACCUUAGACGUAUACAUGGAUUAGGAGUUCAAAAAAUAGGCAUAACAACAAUGGAACCCAUAGGCUGUUUACCAAAAAUGACAAUUACUUCAUCUUAUGAAAAUUGUAGUGAAUAUGCCAAUUCUAUUUCAAUAUUUCACAAUCAAAUGUUACAUCAAAUAAUAGACAAACUCAACAAUCAAACUAGUAAACCAAAUUUCUUCAUUAUUGAUCUCUAUAAUGCCUUCAUGACUUCCUUGAACAUACAACAAAACCAUCCAGGAAAUUCAAACUUUGAGAAUCCAUUGAAACCAUGUUGCAUGGGAAUUUGUGGAGAUAAGAAGAAAUAUGUAUUAUGCAAAAAUCCAGAAUUUUCAUUCUUCUGGGAUGCAAUUCAUCCUUCUCAACAAGGCUGGUUUGCUGUUUUUUCUGCUCUAAAGCCUUCUCUAAGUUUCUUAUUGUAAAUAGGGAUGAUUACGAGUUUGAACCAUUCGAUCAUUUAGUUUAAAAAAUAUGUAUACGGUGUAAGUUGUGUAUAUUAUAUGCUAAAUAUACAUAUAGUA